AUGAUGAAUGAUAAUGACUUGAAAGCAAAAUUGAAGACGAGUAGGCUGGUGAAAGCGUACAACCAGAUACCAGUUAACCCAGAUGAUAUUCCGAAGACAGCCAUCACCACACCAUUUGGUAUGUUCGAAUUUCCAUACAUGAGUUAUGGCUUAAAAAAUGCGAGCCAAACCUUUCAAAGGUUUGUAGACGAGAUAACACGAGGACUUGAUUUUUGCUUCGUGUACCUGGAUGAUUUUCUAAUAUUUUCCCAGGACGAAGACAGCCAUCUUGAUCACCUUCGCCAAAUCUUUGAAAAACUUAAGGAAUUUGGUAUGGUCAUCAACACGAGCAAAUGUGAAUUUGGUAAGAAAGAAAUCACCUUUCUAGGGUAUCACGUCUCAGCCAACGGUGUUAACCCUUUAGACAGUAAGGUUCAAGCCAUCAAAGACUUCCCCACUCCGAAAACCGUACGAGAACUUCGGCGUUUUCUAGGGAUGCUAAACUUUUAUCGCCGAUUUAUCAAAAGAGCUGCUGAAAUUCAGGCACCAUUAAACUCUUUGCUGACGGGGUCCGUAAAAGGAUCACGUUCCGUGGAUAUAUCGGGAGAAGCCCUACAUGCUUUUGAGCAGUGCAAAACUAGCCUCUGUCAAGCAGCAUUCUUGGCACAUCCAGAUCUAAACGCAAGAUUAGGUUUGGUAACCGACGCCUCAGAUAAGGCAAUCGGUGCCGCCUUGCAGCAAGUAAAGAAUGGAUCAUGGUAG